GUUGAAGUUGGUUUAUGGUUGCUUACGGUAAAAGGGGCAGGAUCAAGCUCACAUGUGCUGUGGGACAUGGCGCGGAAUCUCCCCCUGACGGAGCGCUGCUGGAGCAGACUGGAGCAGGGAUUGCCAAAGUUGUGUCUGGGGUGAAAGUGGAGCUCUGGAGUUUCUUUCAAGAUCAUUUUAUUGCAGCGAGAAAGGCAGUCCUGGAAAGUUCUCCAUGAAUGUACGUCACAAUGAUGAUGACAGACCAGAUUCCGCUGGACCUGCCGCCACCACUACUGAACGGGGAGGUGGCCAUGAUUCCGCACAUGAUCAAUGUUAAUGGGGAUGGAUCGCAACAGGUGAUCUUCGUGCAAGUCAACCCUGGAGAGACCUUCACUAUCAGAGCAGAGGAUGGAUCCCUGCAAUGCAUUCAAGGGCCCGCAGAAGUUCCGAUGAUGUCACCCAAUGGAUCCAUCCCACCCAUCCAUGUGCCUCCCGGCUACAUCUCCCAGGUGCUGGAGGAUAACACAGGGGUCCGGAGAGUGGUGGUCACCCCUCAGUCACCAGAAUGUUAUCCUCCCAGCUAUUCCCCAGCCAUCUCUCCAACUCAUCACUUACCUCCGUACAUGGCCCCACCACCCUUUAUUCCCAACUCACACACGGCCUUCUACCCACCCGUCAGCCCUGGAGACAUCGCCCCCCACCAGUACUACCAGCAUCAUAUCCCACCCAUGUACAAUGAAGAGAUAAUUCCUUUGUAUGGGAUGAACUACAUUGGGCGAGAUGAGCAGUACAAACCACCACCAAAGAAGAUGAAGGACAGACUGGAGCGUCAGAAUCGGCUCAACAGCCCGCCCUCCAUCUAUAAGAGCAACAUGGGAUGCAACAACAUGUACAAUGGCUAUGGCAAGGUCCAUGGAAAUCUUGGUGGUGGCGGAGGAGGAGGAAGUAGUCCUGGAGCUAAAAAAAACACCCGUGGAGCUCGGAGUAGCCCCAGGUCCAGUGAACCAGACUUACAAGAUCAUGAUUCAGAAGCAAAGAGAGUUCAGGAUGUUCUCUCGGGAAUGGAAAAACCACAGGUUGUUAAUAUCCAGGCCAGGACAGCGCGACUGACCUGGGCUCCACCAGCAGGCCUCCAGAACAGAGACAGGCACAGUAACGGACACCCGUUAACCUGCAGCUACGAGCUCACUCUCUCAGACAAGGGUCGUAACGGCCAGUAUCGCGUAAUCUAUAGUGGGGAGGAGUUGGAAUGCAAUUUAAAAGAUCUCAGACCAGCAACAGACUACCAUGUAAGAGUGAACGCAGUGUGCAAUUCUGUGAAGGGUUCGUGCUCUGAGGUGGGGGCUUUCACCACCCACAGCAGUACCCCAGACUGCCCGCUGCCCCCUAAACUAUCCCACCGCACUAAGAGCACGCUCACCCUGCAGUGGAAGGCACCAGUCGAUAAUGGAUCAAAAAUCACCAGUUACCUUUUAGAGUGGGAUGAGGGCAAAAAGAAUAAAAUUUUCAGAGAAUGUUACUUCGGAAGCCAAAGGCACUACAAACUCACUCACCUGUGUCCAGCCAUGGCCUACACGUUUCGAGUGGCAGCACGCAACGAUAUAGGAAUGAGUGGCUUUAGUCCUGAGGUGGUGGUCUACACGACUGGAAGUCUGCCCCACCUGCCCCAUGCUCCUCGGCUGGUGCGUGCGGGCAUCACAUGGAUCACGCUGGAGUGGAGCCGACCAGAUGGCUGCACCGCGGAGGAACCCGUCACAUACACGCUGGAGAUCCAGGAGGAGAACAUUGGAACAGAGUUUUACCCAAAGUACACUGGAGAAAACUUGACAUGUACUGUAGAGGGCCUGAAAAGAAGCACGCAGUAUAAAUUCAGGCUCAUAGCCUCGAACUUGGAGGGCAGGAGCAGUCCCAGUGAGGUACUGGUGUGUAAAACCAGUCCAGACAAACCUGGACCCCCCUCCAGACCCUGCAUCAAGGGCCCUAUCAGACCGUACAGCUUCAGUGUCAAAUGGGAUCCCCCACAAGACAAUGGAGGUUCAGAAAUCUUGAAAUACCUCUUAGAGAUUUCCGAAGGAAAUUCUGAUGCCAAUCAGUGGGACAUUGCGUAUAGUGGGCCUGCCACAGAGUGUGAGUGUGAGGACUUGAAACCUUGCACGUUGUACAGACUGCGCACCUGCAGCAUCAGCACGGGCGGCCACAGCCAGUGCUCUGAGAGUCUGCCUGUGCGUACGCUAUCUGUUGCUCCAGGACGUUGCCAGCCUCCAAGAAUCGUGGGUAAAGCGAAACACAAAGAAGUGAACUUACAGUGGGACUGUCCCUCCUCUGAGGGGGCAUGUGAGGUGAGUGAGUACAGUUUGGAAAUGAGGGAGGGAGAGUCUGAGCCUGCCGAGGUCUAUCACGGCUCUGAUCUUGAGUGCACUGUGGGCAGUCUGCUCCCCGGCGCCACCUACAGCUUCCGCCUACGUGCUGCCAAUGAGGCAGGGUAUGGGCAAUAUUCUGAACCAACAGAAAUAACAACCGCAGCUGGUCCUCCUAGCCAGUGUGCAGCACCAGCCCUCACCUUACUGUCCAAUACCUGUGUGCGGGUCAGCUGGGAGAGUCCAGAGAGCUCAGGGGCCGACAUCUCUGAGUACCGUCUGGAGUGGGGCCGCGGGGGGGAGCCCAUGGAGCUGAUCUACUGUGGCCCUGACACGCAGUGUGAGAUCUCAGACCUGACACCUGCUAUUCAUUACUACUGCAGACUACAGGCGGCGAAUCAGGCAGGUGCAGGACCAUACAGUGAUCAUGUGUGCUGUCAGACCCCCGCCACCGCACCUGACCCGGUCUCAGUGAUGUGUGUACUUGAGCACGACCCCACAGAAAGUGGCGUCUACACACCUUCCACUUGCCUGGCUUUGAAAUGGGACGAGCCCUGCAACAAUGGAGCGGAGAUCACAUCCUACACACUUAAACUGGGAGAGCAGCUCAUCAGCCUGGGCACCAGCACCUGCUAUGUGCUACAGAACCUACAGCCUGACAGUGAAUACAGUCUGCAGAUUCAGGCAGUGAAUGAGAUUGGUGCUGGUCCCCUCUGCCCUCCCCUGCUGGCCCACACCAGGCCGCUGCCCCCUGUCCCGCCCCGACUGGAGUGCACUGCCGCUGGACCCCAGAGCCUCAAACUCAAGUGGGGAGACAGCAGCAGUGCCAAGAGCCUGCUUGGAGAAGAGAUGGUGUACAACUUGCAGAUGGAGGACAAGAACAGAAGGUUUGUGACAAUCUACAGAGGCCCAAGCCACACAUAUAAGGUACAGAGACUAAAUGAGUCGAGCAGCUACUGUCUCAGGAUUCAAGCAGUGAGCGAGGCAGGAGAGGGCCUUUUCUCUGAAGUCCACACCUUCCAUACCACCAAGUCUGUUCCUCCUGCUCUCAAAGCUCCUAAAGCGGUACAGAUGGAAGGGAAUGUGUGUGAGGUGAGCUGGGAGAGCAUUCCACCAAUGAGAGGAGACCCCAUCUUCUACGUCCUACAGGUGCUGGUGGGUCGAGAGUCUGAUUACAAACAGUUAUAUAAGGGAGAAGACACAACCUUCCAGAUAUCUGGCCUGCAGAACAACACAGACUAUCGCUUCCGUGUGUACGUGUGUCGCCGGUGUCAGGACAGCACGCAGGAGCUGUGCGGCCCACUCAGCCCAUCCUCGCUCUUCACCCUGCGGCGUACGGAGCUCGCGCUGCCCGGAGAGCUCAACUCAGCCGAGACCCUGAAGCCCAGCGGCAUGUUCACGACAGACGAACGAUUCGCGGCGGCCUUAGUCGUGGCUUUCGCGGCCCUGUCUUUCUUCCUCGCUUAUGUGGUGGAAUACUUCUUCAUGAAGUGAAAAUCAAAAGGAACUCCGAACCAGCAGCCAGCCAAGGAAAAAAAAACAUUUUGAGAAACACGAACACUUAAAGUAAACAUCUGAAGCGAUGUACUGUAGGCCGAGUAUGUUAUACAGGCUCUCUUCUUAUCUUUCAUCCCCUAUCCUCUCUCGCUCUCUGAUGCCUUCGAGCCUGCCUGUGCAUCGCUGUGUCACUUAUUCUUUUACAGCAUGUGGAUUUGCUCUGAACUCCUGGGGGAAGCAAAACCACGUCAUCAAGCCUUACGAAGAGUUGCGCGACGGCCUGUUUUUGCAUGCUUCGUUUUUGUAUCCCUUUAAGUGUACGUAUAUGUGGGAGAAAAAUGUAUAGUUUUUUUUCUCCACAUUCAUGGCCUUACUUUAUCCAAGUGUGCUUCACUGCAUUUAUUUCACAGCCAUAGCUUUAUGAUUAUGUAUUACCGACGAUCACAGUUCACCCAGUGCCGAUUUUUAUACAUAAUCACGCGAUGUUCACAGUUUGUACGUCACAGUACGCAUCACCAUGAUCCUUCUCAGAAACACGAAAUACCGUUACCAUAGUAAGGCUGUUGUAAAGCCCCCUGCGUUUCAGCUGCCAAAGCAAAUUGCAAUCCAAGUGUGGUUUAAGUGAUGCUGCUAUUGUGUUUAUUUUUCCUACAAACGGAAUCAGUUAUCUAAUAUAUAGAAAUAUAAAUCUAAAUCUAUAAGAUUCUAUAGAGCUAUUGUAAUAUAAGUUUGAAGUAGAUCUCUCUUUUGGAGUGUGUCAGUUCACAAUCUAUGGUGCUUUACCUGUGGUCAGUAGUGGUGGCGGUCGAGGGUGAGGGAAGUUAGACAUGCCAUACGUUCGGUAACGACGCCCUUUGCCACCACACACCCUCUUUCUCUGGCCAUCUAGUCCUAAGGUGCAGUGACACAGGGCUACUUCCUCGCCUUCCUGCCCCACGAAUGACUUGGGCUAGGCUAACGUCGCCCUCUCAGACUGACUUGGGGCUCUGUGUGGUGCCUGUAGAUGCAGGGACCAGCUGAUGGCUGGAGUCACAAUAGCCAGUGCGUAGCCCUGAAACCGAAAUAGCCUGUUCCGUCACUCUGUGAAUGGCGUUGGUCUUCGGGACUUCGCCCGUCUCGUUCUGUCUUUGGCCCUUACGUGUCAACACGUUGAAUGUUUCAUCAUCUUUGAAUCCGUGAAAGCCAGUUGGACAUUUCUAAGGUGCUCUUUCAAGUUUUUUGUCAAAAGCAGCAGUGGACUCCUCCACCCGCUGCACAAUGCCAAAACAGCCUGAUGUGCUUGCAGUGCAUCUUUAGCCAAGUAAAAGGUACAAACCAGCAGUUCCCAUCAAUCCAAAGAGUUCCUCCCACCUUACACUUGCAGAACAGUUAAGAGGUGUCUAAAAAUGAGAACUACAUGGGGAAGGAUUUAUUCCCCUUUACUGACAGCCUGUAUUGUACCUCAGGGACAUGGACUUUUCAGAGGUGAAGAAGUAGAUACUAUGUUUCUGAGAGGGUGCUGCGAAAACACUAAACGUUGCCGAAUGAUUCUGAUACUGCAGUCAUCAGUAGCGUCAUUCCGUUGUAUCUGCCUCUGCAGUUUUAAAUGCGUUGUUUUCUCACCUAAGCUGUGCCUUGCUCCAGUUGUUCGUAAGCAAAUCGUUUACUAGCUCAGAAUACCUUUGCCAAAGUUAAUGGGAAAUUAAGGUAUCACUCUUUAGAGUUAUUUAUACUAUCUAUUGCAUACAGUACUUUAAAUGGCAACUAAAGUGCAAUCUUCAUUUAUUUAUUUUUCAAGAAAUUAAGAGAUGUAGUUAUUUACUAUUCUCUCUAUCUCUCUCUCUCUCUCUCUCUUUGUCGUAGCAUGUUUUUUUUCCAGUUAAUUUUUUUUUUAAUGUAUUGUAGAUUAACGAUUAAGGCCAGCAUUCCUUUCAUUCAUAAUUGUGGUUAUGUUUAUGUCUUUCAUUAAUUGGGAACAUGUAGCAUGUACCAUGCUGAAACAUUUCUGUAUAACCAAACGCCUGCUCAUCUCCUAUCAGAACUCCAGCUAAUUGACUUAAUAGAGAACUGUAGUAAACGUUUAAUCUGUUGUAUUUUUUAAUUGUGUGUGUGUAGCUACAUUUGGCAUUGCUAAAAAGACUGUUAAUCUUACUGUUCGCCAAAGCGGAGGCUUGUCCAAUUUUAUGUCACUUUUUAUUGUUAUUUAAAGGGUUACUUGAGCAAUCCUUUGUGACACUAGAACAUCAUUUCUUGAAAAGGAAAAACAUACAUUUAAAUUAAAUUUCAUCUGUGACUACACUUUUUUUGGUAGUGAAAAUGGUGCCAUUUAUUUGAGUAAUCUUUCUGAGGUGAAAUCUUACAUGCCGUUUCAGACCGAAAGGAAAGCAAAACAAACUGUUUUGAGGCAAGUGACAUUAUAUAUAGAGAUAUAUAGAUACAUAUUAUGACAACAACUAACAGAAAUGAAGCACUUUUUAAAGCGAAAUAUUAAUCUUUAUUAGAUUUAUCUUGCUAAACUGUAUUUCCUUGUCAUUGUUGAUAUUGCUUUCAAAUCGAGAGUAUCAUGCAGUCAGAAAUGUCUAUAGAACUGGCCCACAUAUGUUUUGUAAAAAGUUUGGAAGUCCUUUGGCGUCCUUUUAAAGUGAGUGCAUUAUUAUAUAUAUAUAUAAAAAAUGCCCAUUGUAUAAAUAUAGUGUUUGGUCUUAACUGGCAAUAUCAUUUUUUUUUGUUUUCUUUAAGUAUUUUUUGUUUGUUUUCAUACUGGUCCUUGUUAAAUUGAAAAAAAAUAAUAAUAAUUUUUGUGUGGCCCAAGUACAGUUUUGUAUUUUUAUAUUGCAUUUUAUUUUGUUUUAUUUCCAUUCUGUUUCAAAUAUGAAAAUGAAUUUGAACAUGAUGUUUGGAGAUCGAUCAGCUCUCAGUCAUCCCAGAGAAAUGUAUAGAACCGUAAGUGUAUUCAACCAUUUUCCAAAAAAAGUAUUUUUACCUCACUGUUAUAAAAAAAAAAGAAAAGAAAAAAAAAGAAAAGACAAGGAAAAAUAUAUGAAACAUUCCAGGCUUGUCAUGAUCUACACUUUUUAAAGUCAUAUUUUUUUUUUUGUAUUGUAAAUGUUAGACAAUUUCAUAUGCAUAAAUAUAAAAGAAACUGCCAUAUCAAUGUUAAUGUAUAGAUUUUUUGCAAAUACUACCCUAUGUAUGUAAGACGUAACUGUAUCUUUAGCGUGUAUGUAAUAUAUUUAUACCCAAUAAAUGUUUUAAUUUUU